GUGAACUAUAGUUUCAUGGUUUUUAUAGUGGUUUGUUUUCAGUUUUGGUGGGUGUUCGCUGACAUCAAAAUUGAAUUUGAAUAUGUACAUCUACAAUAAAUCAUGUUAAUUAAAAAUUAAAUAUAUUGCUAUAUUUCAUAUAGAUUAAACUGACAGUUUGAUUUCAGCAUAUAUUUUGAAAUGGAAAAAUUUUAGAGGGGUUUUGGUAAGUUUUGCUCUGUGUUGAAUUUAUUCCUUCCAAUCAAAUGUAUUAUUUUUCCAAAUUAAUUGCGCUCUUCUAUAGUCAGCAUCGCUUGGUUUCAGUGAAGGGAUUAGAAUGACUUUUCAAGGCAUGAUAAUGUCUGUUUAAAGGAAAGAAAGGGAAAAAAGCAUUAACUAGAGCUUAAGAUUAAUUCCAGCAACUAAGGAGAUAAAAAUGACGCUAAAGAAGACAAUUUAGUUUUUUAAUAUAUGUAUGUUAACUUGCUUUGAGAUCAGCAUUUUGUAUUUCAGGGUAGUCCCUUAGAUGAAGUAAGAUGUUUUCAUUUGUAACCUGAAGGGGACAUGGCCUCACUUCAUGGUGUUAGGGCUGGAAUACUUUCUGCCUUCCGUAGGGAUGAGCACUGUUUAUCUGACUGUAGCUCAGGGUCAGAGUCAGAAGGAGAUUUACUACAGUUUAGAACUGCCAGUGACAACAAAAUAGGAGGAAAAUUAAGACAAAAUAACAGGACAGUGUUGCAGAGGAAAAUGCCGUAUAUAAAAAAAAUUAUGAAUGAGAAAUAAUAAAAAGUCUGGGGGUGUGCUUUAAUAGGAGACAAGCUGAAAGGGAUGUUUUGGGGUACAGAAUUGUAGCUCUUGUUAUUUCACAAAAAUUAAUAUUGUUGUGAUUGGUUAUACAUGGCUACAUUGGCCGUGUAUAAAUUCAUAAAGGAUUAUGUUGCCAUCACAGCAGACUUACAAAUUAAGAGCUUUGAGUUCGGAGAAGAAACUCAAGUUAGAGAGCCUUUUUUACCUCAUUAUGUGCCAGGUCCUAGGGUUCCAUCUCAAGUAUUGCAAAAAAAAGGGGGAGGGCAUAAGGUUCAAAUGAGGAACAUCUUACAUUAUCUUUUUUUCUCUUUCUUGCUUUUCCUUCCCCUAGCACUGGGGACUGAACCCUGGGCCUUGCUCAUGCUAAGUGUACUAGGACUAAGUUCUGUCAUUAGUUUUGAAAUUUCAUUUUGAGACAAGGUCAUGCUAAAUUGCUCAGGUUGGCCUUGAUCUUGUAUAUAUUGUUGUUUAAGCAUUCUGAGUAGCUAGGAUUGCAGUCAUGUACCACCAUGCCAGUAUGUCAACUUUUAAUAUGAUUUUAAUUUUUUCAGUGUUGUGGAUUUGACCUAGGGUUCUGCAAGCUAGAUAAAAUACUAUGUCACUGAGCAUUGUUCUCCGUUUUUAUUUGGUCUUUAAAAAAAAAAUACAUAUAUGUAUAACAUAUAUUUUUUUUUUCUUUUUGAAAUGAAACUUCACUAUGGAGUUCAGAAUGAAUUUGAACUCACUUUGUAACCCAGGCUGGCCUGAAAGUCGCAGCAAUCUUCCUGCCUCUGCAUCCUGAGUGUUGGGAUUAUAGUUGUGCACCACCAUGCCUGGUCCCCAAACUCAUCUAAUAUGGUUUAAAUUUUUAAUCAAAUUUACAUACAUUUUUUCCUACUUUAUUAUUUAUGUUACUAGGAAGAUAGAAAUUUGCACAAGUAAUAAAUCAAUAAGAAUUUCGGGUUUUUGUUUUGUUUUGUUGUUCUAGUACUGUUGUUUUGUAAUAUUUUAGCUAUGUGAAAUGGUUAAGUGCAUGUUCCAGGAUAUAUCACAUUUGAAUUUUUCUGUAAAAUUCUCAGGAGAAAUCUGAAUUAUUUUUGUUUCUGUAUUUUGUAAGGCUAAAUUAAAUGUCACUUGAAUGUGAAAAGAACUGGCACCUUUGAUAAACAGUCCCCAAAGCAAACCACUUGUGAGUAAUCAUAACCUAAUUAUGAAUGUGAAUGUAAAAUUUGUUUUUAAAAAAUACGAAACAAGCAACGGAAAUAAAACACAGUAAACCACAUUAUACAAUUCUAGGAGAAAACAUCUCUACAUUUAAAGGUAGAAUUUUCAAUAGUAACAGUAAUAAGAAGAAAGAACUUUGGCAGCUGUCCAAAGUGAUUGUUGAGAGGGGGCAGCAAAUGGCCUGCACAGUGUGUGGCUGUGCAGAAGUUCCAGGGUGACACAUGCCUCACAAGCUGGUCACAAUGCAAGAGGUCAGGGGUCAUGUUCAAGAGCGGGGUGUUGCUGGAUAAGACUGAGGAAGCAGAGGUGGCCCCUCUGUGCUCAGUGUGUGGGUCUGUGUACUCCUUUCCCGUCAAAGCUGGCCCAGUGCAGCCAAAAAAGCGGUUCCUUGGCAGGGUUUAAUGGCAGGAUGAUGUAGUCUGUUGUGACUAGUGCAUUCCUUUCAGGUUAAACUAGGGAAAUGGCAUUGUGUUAAAAUUCCAAGUCGCAUGAAUGUUUUAUUGCCACAGUGCAUUUAGCCCUCCAGGGGAGUGUGUGUGGCUGCUGUGGGCUGGGGGUGGGGGUGACUUGCAGACUCAGGAACUAUCAGAAGAACACUUCCCUUGGAAAAUUUUACCCACCAGCAUGAGGCUGAUUUGCUGUGAUGGUCACUUAGAAGGGUUUUGCUUUUCCUAAACUGUGGCUGUUUAAAGUCUUGCAGUCUGGACAAUUAACAGCUGAAGAAAAUAUGACAAGACACACGCAAAGAGGUUGGGAGAUAGAGAGGAGGAAUGCGCCAGAAAGGAGCUGGGCUGCCUUCUUGUGUAAACUGCCCAAGAGAGGCUUCCCCCUCCCAGGCCUCCGUGCAUGUCCCUGCUUCCCAUGCUGUGUUUUGCUGCUGUCUGCCUGAAGGCCAAGACUGAUCUGUUAACCUUGCACUACUGACUGGGAGGCUGCUGCAGCUCAUGGUUCCAUUGGCAUGUGCUGGCAGAGUGCUGGGUGCAGACUUCUGCCCAAACCUGGAGGAGCCAGACCAGAGGCUGGAAGUCCAGGCCAUCCGAUGCACACUGGUAAAUUGUACGUGUGAAUGUUUUCAGCCAGGGAAGAUUAACCUGAGGACUUGCGAUCAGUGUAAACAUGGUUGGGUGGCACAUGCCUUGGACAAGCUCAGCACGCAGCACCUGUACCAUCCCACCCAAGUGGAAAUUGUGCAGUCCAACGUGGUGUUUGACAUCAGCAGCCUGAUGCUUUAUGGGACUCAGGCAGUGCCUGUGCGGCUAAAGAUCCUGCUGGACCGGCUCUUCAGUGUUCUGAAGCAAGAGGAAGUGCUGCACAUACUGCACGGCCUUGGCUGGACCCUGCGGGACUACGUCCGAGGAUACAUUCUUCAGGAUGCUGCCGGCAAGGUGCUAGACCGCUGGGCCAUCAUGUCUCGAGAAGAAGAAAUCAUCACCCUUCAGCAGUUUCUGCGGUUUGGAGAAACCAAAUCCAUUGUGGAGCUGAUGGCAAUUCAGGAGAAAGAAGGGCAGGCUGUCGCUGUACCAUCUUCAAAGACAGACUCAGAUAUAAGGACUUUUAUUGAGAGCAAUAAUCGCACCAGGAGUCCCAGCCUCCUUGCUCACUUAGAGAAUAGCAAUCCUUCCAGCAUUCAUCACUUUGAAAACAUCCCAAACAGCCUUGCAUUUCUGCUUCCAUUCCAGUAUAUAAAUCCUGUCUCAGCUCCACUUCUAGGGUUGCCUCCAAAUGGGCUACUUUUAGAGCAACCUGGACUGAGGCUCCGAGAACCAAGCCUUUCGACCCAAAAUGAGUAUAAUGAGAGCAGUGAGUCAGAAGUAUCUCCCACACCUUAUAAGAAUGAUCAGACGCCCAAUAGAAAUGCCCUGACCAGCAUUACUAAUGUGGAGCCCAAAACCGAGCCAACAUGUGUCUCUCCCAUUCAGAAUUCUGCUCCAGUCAGUGAUCUAACCAAAACUGAACACCCGAAAAGCUCUUUCCGGAUUCACCGGAUGAGAAGGAUGGGAUCAGCCUCUAGGAAAGGAAGAGUGUUCUGUAAUGCAUGUGGGAAGACAUUCUAUGACAAAGGUACCCUCAAAAUUCAUUAUAAUGCUGUUCACCUAAAGAUUAAACACCGCUGCACCAUCGAAGGUUGCAACAUGGUCUUUAGCUCCCUCCGAAGCCGUAAUCGGCACAGUGCAAACCCCAACCCACGCCUUCAUAUGCCUAUGCUAAGAAAUAAUCGAGACAAAGAUUUAAUUCGAGCCACAUCAGGAGCUGCCACCCCUGUCAUAGCAAGUACAAAAUCAAAUCUCACACUCACAAGCCCUGGCCGGCCCCCUAUGGGUUUUACUACUCCCCCACUAGACCCUGUCUUACAGAAUCCUCUCCCUAGUCAGCUGGUAUUUUCUGGACUAAAAACUGUACAACCAGUUCCUCCAUUUUAUAGAAGUUUACUCACUCCAGGGGAAAUGGUGAGUCCUCCAGCCUCCCUCCCCACCAGUCCUAUCAUUCCAACUAGUGGUACCAUGGAACAGCACCCCCAACCACCCUCUGAGCCAGUAGUGCCAGCAGUGAUGAUGGCCACCCAUGAGCCCAGUGCCGAUUUGGCACCCAAGAAAAAGCCCAGGAAGUCAAGCAUGCCUGUAAAGAUUGAGAAGGAAAUUAUUGAUACUGCUGAUGAGUUUGAUGAUGAAGAUGAUGACCCCAAUGAUGGUGGAACUUUGGUUAAUGACAUGAGCCAUGACAAUCACUGCCACUCCCAAGAAGAGAUGAGCCCAGGCAUGUCUGUGAAGGACUUUUCUAAGCAUAACAGGACCCGGUGCAUUUCAAGGACUGAAAUAAGAAGAGCUGACAGUAUGACAUCUGAGGACCAGGAGCCUGAACGGGACUAUGAGAAUGAGUCUGAGUCUUCAGAGCCCAAACUAGGUGAGGAAUCCAUGGAAGGAGAUGAGCACCUUCACAGUGAGGUGAAUGAAAAAGUCCUGAUGAAUAGUGAGAGGCCUGAUGAAAACCACAGUGAGCCCUCUCACCAGGAUGUCAUCAAGGUGAAGGAAGAAUUUACAGAUCCCACUUACGACAUGUUUUACAUGAGCCAGUACGGACUGUACAAUGGUGGGGGGGCCAGCAUGGCUGCCUUGCAUGAAAGUUUUACAUCGUCUCUGAAUUAUGGCAGCCCCCAGAAGUUCUCCCCAGAAGGAGAUCUGUGUUCCAGCCCAGACCCAAAAAUUUGUUAUGUGUGCAAGAAAAGUUUUAAAAGCUCCUACAGUGUGAAGCUUCACUACAGAAAUGUUCACUUAAAAGAGAUGCAUGUCUGCACAGUGGCUGGCUGCAAUGCUGCCUUCCCUUCUCGUCGAAGCAGAGACAGAAACAGAAAUUUACGGAUGGAAAGAACCGUAGGUCCAGGACAUCGAGACAGCCUCCAUCUCCGUAGACACAGUGCCAACAUAAAUCUGCAUCGUAAACUGUUGACCAAAGAACUCGAUGACAUGGGCCUGGACUCGUCGCAGCCCUCCCUUAGCAAAGACCUCCGGGAUGAAUUUUUGGUGAAGAUCUAUGGUGCCCAGCACCCCUUGGGGCUCGAUGUCAGGGAAGAUGCCUCCUCUCCCGCAGGGACUGAAGACUCCCACCUGAAUGGGUAUGGGAGAGGCAUGACAGAGGACUACAUGGUCCUUGACUUGAGCACCACCUCCAGCCUCCAGUCCAGCAGCAGCAUCCAUUCCUCCAGAGAAUCUGAUGCAGGCAGUGACGAGGGGAUUCUUCUCGAUGACAUUGACGGGGCGAGUGACAGUGGGGAGUCUGCACACAAGGCUGAGGCCCCUGCCCUCCCUGGCAGCCUUGGGGCUGAAGUUCCAGGAUCGCUUAUGUUCAGCAGCUUGUCUGGGAGCAAUGGUGGGAUCGCGUGCAACAUUUGCCACAAAAUGUACAGCAACAAGGGGACUCUGAGGGUGCACUACAAAACUGUGCAUUUGCGAGAAAUGCACAAGUGCAAGGUCCCCGGUUGCAAUAUGAUGUUUUCCUCUGUGCGAAGCCGAAAUCGGCACAGUCAGAACCCUAAUCUCCACAAAAACAUUCCCUUCACUUCAAUAGAUUAGUCCCAGAACGGACACUACAAAUGCCAGCUCUCACCAGAUGGCCUACAUGUUUGAACUGCCGUUGUCAGUGUGCGCUUACGUUCUUGUCGGCGGGGUGUGUAUGUGUGUGUACCUAUGUGUACCUCUGUGUCUACAUACACACACAUACACAGAUAAUUUCUUUAGAUAAAAAAGAAACACUAGGUGCUUUUGAAUUUUUUCUGUUUCCUUUAUAGUUUUGGGAAAGGGGUGGAAUCUUUAAUUUGGGGGUGAAAAUAGUACCCCUUUAACACACACACACACACACACACACACACACACACACACGUAAAGCGUGCAUCUAGCCCCAAUUUUGAUAGAACAAUUCAUGGUCUUCUCCAAGGAGACAAUUUGUUGUACCCAUGACUAUUGCCUGCAAAAAUUAAAAGGGAGAAAAGAAAAAAGAAACCAACAGGAACUUUGUAUAGUUGUCUUUUGUGAACUUUUAAGGUUUUGAGAGAAUCUUCAAUUAAAGCAUGGCAGAUUCACCUGUAAAUAUUUAGCCUUGAGAGGCUGAUGAUGUAAAACAGUUGUAUUGAUGGUUGUUUAACUCUUUUGUUUAAUUUUUACAGUUACAUCCAGCUGUUAGAUAUGCAGGAAAAAAAUAGGUUGCUGGCUUAGCUCUGCUCAUUUAUGUUAGCAUUAAUGCACAUUUUUUUAAAAAAGAAAACAUGGUCUUGUUUUUACUACCUGUUAGAUAUAGUGAUAAAGAGGUGCUGGCAUGCUUUACAGCACAGAUCUGAUUUUUAAAAAUGUCCUGUACUAGUACAUAAAUCCAGUCAUGCACUUUUUUUCAUACACUACAAGAGGAUGUGUAAUAUCCAUGCUUCUUUUUUAUCCUUAAACUAUUGCCAUACUUCAGUAAGUGUCUUUUAAAAAAAAUCCACUUGUAUAAAAAUGGUCUGGUCAGUAUAGGGCAUGAAUGCCAAACAAAAGUAUUAGUGUUAACACAAAACUGCCAACUUUGCACAAGUUUCCAGAAAAGAAAAUACAAUUAGUCACUCAACAUAACCACAGGCCAAUUUGUCGGCCACCAGAAAACCGCUUUAAAAAAAACUUGGUGAUUCUUUCAAGUGCCGAAUGUUAUUAGAAUCAACAUUGCAUCCUUCUUGCUUAUAUGUUAAGUUACAUAAAAGGAAAACAAAAUUAUGUGGUGUGAAACAGCCAAGGCAUUUCUUCUUUAGAGGCAGGAUAAUAUUUCAGGAUACAAAAGCCCAAAUUACUCACUAUGGAACAAAGCUGAAUACAGUAAAAGAGUUGAACACUCAUUUCCAAGGCCCAAACUGUUGAAAAGGUCUGAAUUGGGUUGGUCUGUUGUAUGACUGUCUCAUUUGUCACAAAUUCUACAGUAGCGCUACGAUUCAGUCCUGUUUGACAGACAAAAUCAAAAGCCGUUUCACAGCAGAGUACUUGGAAGCUCUGAAAACGCGUGCUAAACUUGAAUUGAGCAGCUCUCCUUCUGAAAGGCGGGGGAAGGAGGGUUUCAGAUAGGAUCUUACUGUGUAGUGUUUUGUGUUUCCCCACAUGAAUUUGUCAGAGAGAAAUGAAAGCAAGCCUGAAACCAAGCAAUUGAGAGUGAGAAAGAGCGGGGAGACUGCUCCAAACCUUUUUUGUUUUAUUUUGUUUUGUUUCCGAUGUUUACACAUGUUGCCUGAGCUGGUUAACCACAUCGGCAGCCUCAGCUACCACAACAUACUGACUAAAUGAUGAUAUUUACUCAAAUUCAGUCUGCAGCCAAAACCAUUAGGGCGAGCGCCGCAGAGUAUGUUUUGUUGUCUUUUUUUUUUUUUUUAAGUGAAGGGAGGGGAAAGAUAAGGACUAUUUUGUCAAACAGUACACAGUCAGUAUAAAGAGAAUGUAUUUGUUUUCUGCAUUUAAUGGCCUCAAACAUUUCGCCCAUAAGUCUAAAAGUUAGAGAUACCCCUUUGUUAGAACCUUUUGUGUCAUUUCCAUUUCCCAUGUUUUGUAAUUAUUUUUUUCUGUGUUCAUAUCAGCAUUUAAUUCCGUUAAAUUUGCCAAAGGAAACUGUUAAUAUGUUUCUAUUGUUAUUAUUCCUGUAGGAUUUAUUGUACCUCACAGUAUUUAUUGUUUCCAAAAGCAUCAUUUGUUGGGGAUUCAGUAUUUUUUAUUUGUGAAAAUUUCAGAAACAAUAGAUUCUUAAAGAUAAGCUCUUCUUAAAGAUAUAUAUAUGAGCUUUAUCUUCUCGACUCCUUCUGAGGAUACUAUGGGGUUCUAUGGAGUUCCUUUGGUUCUGCAUUUGUUCUGCAGUGAGGAAAGAACAAAAGUAUUUGCAUUACAAAAGACACUAUAUCAAACACUAUGUCUGUUAAAUGACAAAUGUUUACGGUAAAAAGCUGAGGAACUAGUAAUAACCGUUUUGUUUUCUUGUACCUUUGAAUUUCCCAAAGUCUUAAUUGCUUCAUUUUGGUAUUGUGUUAAAUUGAAUAGACAGAGAUGUUUUUCUUUGUUUUAUACCUUAUAAGACUCUGUACAGUAUGUUUGUGAAAGAUUGAACUAGAAUAAUGAACAUUUGUUUGCAAACAUCUUGGUCCUCUUAGCGUUCUCUGUAUUGCGCUGUUGCUGUAUUAUCAAAUGAUUAGAUUCCAAAAGGGUGGAAAAACAUUUUUAGUAUACUAACAAAAGAUUAUGGAAACUUUGGAUUUUAGAGAGCAUUGACUAAAUUCUAUCUAAUAUUAAGAAUUUUCAUACCCAUAUUUUUUAUUUUAGCUUUUAAAAUUUACAUUGUUGGUUGUGGUUAUAGAACUCAUCUGUGCAAAAUCAUUUCCUGUUUAAUGUCAGAUAAAAGGUCAGGUAGCCCUAAUGAGUGACUUACAGAUCUAGCAGGAGGUCACAUCAGCAAAUGUACCAAGCUGAAUCAGUGUUGUUACUUGCCACAAAGGGUAAUGUCAAUACCCAGUUAGGAGGGGGGAAGAAAAAAAGAGUAAUGACAGUCUAAAAGAAUUUUCCUUAGUUGCAAACAUGAAUGUGUUCACCUCUUUUUAUUUUUGGUCAGAAAUGGCCCUGGGCAGCUGGCACUUUUAAAAUAAAUGUCUCCGAUUUAGUACUAGUUUGUACCACAGAUAUGCAGUUGUUAUGGUGGCCUUCUCAACAAUAAUGCUUCCCAAUAUUAAGCCAGUUUUUAUUUAAAAGGAAUAAGGGUGAGUGGAUGAAUAUGUAGUGCAUAAAACGUAAACUCAUAAAACACAAUUCUUCUGGUUGCAAGGUCUUGCUGCUCCCUGGUUUUGCCUGUGCAGUGUUUGACCUAACUGUAAUUCUUAAGCCAGUGGUCCCAAGUCUUACGUGCAAACAGGAAGGAUAAAAGGAUCUGCAUUUUAAUCCUUGAGCUCUUCAUCUUUGGCCAUUCCUUCUCAUUUACGUUUUCAUAGGAGUUUCCUGUCAUUAAGCAGUUUCUCUCUAGCUGCGUUCAUCUUAUGCUGACUGAAAAUUAAUAAGGAUGUAGGUUUUCACCCAAGCAGUUUUUUCCUGUUUGAUUAUAGCCAGGGUUUUAUCAUAAGUACAAAAUUAGUCAGUAUUAUUGUACAUCUUCUCUAACUGAUGUUGAAACUUGCUAUUUUCAUCAUUUUAAACUGUGUUUUUGUAAAUACCAGAAAGGCUUAGUCCACAUUAGUCUACAUGCAGUGGAGAGGGAAGACAGAGGAAGAAGAAAAGAUAAAUACAUUGAAAUUUUAAAAUGUGAUAAAAGUUUGACCUUAGUUUUGCUAGUAAUUAUCUAAAUUAGCCCAGUGUAACUCAUUGCCGGUCCUAACAGCAGCUGUCCUAGCCAGCUUGAUUUUUUUUUUUUUUUUUAAGAUUUAAAGGUGUUAAAUGUUUUUCUUCUCAACAUGACAAAUAUUUUUGGAAAAACAUUCUUAGCACAGUGGUUUCACUGCCUUUGUAGUGUGCUAUCUUUGGUUACGAAUUUGCAGGCCCUUUCAGUGAGAGGAGGAGGCAUGUUACUGAUUAAAAAUCCCAUUAGUAUAGACACUGCUCUUUUAAAAAAUUCUGAUUAUAUCAAGAAUGGAUGGAUCCAGAAGCAUUCGCCUCAUUUUAUUCAGGAUAUAUUAGGUUCCCACCAAAUAAAAUGUCCCGCCCACACUCACACAGACUAGACAUAUGCCAAGUAAAAAGAAUGGAGGCUUUUGGCAAUUAGAACAUAAAGACUCAUAACAAUCAGGUCGCCAUGGACUUGCCACUAACUGCUUAGGCAGCUUGGCCUGAGCAGUCCUAAAUUGUAUCUCUAGUUUGCUAGCACUGAUAGAAUGAACAAUCCAAAGAUAAGUUGCAUGAAGAACAUCUAGGAGAAACACUUGCAGCCUGUGGAAACACACUUUUAAGUUUCUUUUUAAAUUAUGCCAAAAAGAUUGUACAAAAAAGCACCUCCUCGCAAACAUAAAUACUUAAACCAUCAGGGUUGCUUUUCCCUUGUAUUCUUUGUUUUUUUACCAGGCAGGACCUAACAAGAGGGCAGUAAAAGAUGGGCAAAAAAGACUGGAGAGAGCACUAAAUUUCUAUCAGAAGAGGAAGUGACAUUAAGUAGAGGGUUGAUUCCUGCUCUGGUUUGGGGGUAGCUGUUAAUGCAUUAGACAAUAGUCCAAAAAAUCUGGUACAACGUGGUCUAGCAGUGGGUGACAGUGUAUGGAUACCAUGACAUGCAGAAUUCCCUGUGAUGAGGUGACUCUGGACACACCUGAGAUGAGACAAGCAAGUCAGCUGCACAGAGAAGUAGAUUCCUGAGGGAUCAGGACAGCAACAAGGACAUUUUCGAGGUUUUAGGGGAGAGUUAGCUUUUCGAGUCCUUUUGAGUGGAAAGGGAUGCUAGAGUCCUUUGGGGAGCAAAAAAGAUGCAGAGAGUAACAUAAACUAUAGAAAAGUUCAGUGACGAAUGUUUGUAAUUGUGACCAGAGUGGAGGAGCAGAUGUCAGAUACCAGCGUGGAUCUGUCCCUUCAUCACUUUUGCUUGUCACUAUAGCAAUACACACAAAGCUGUGAUUGUAAUACUGCUCGGCUGGCAACCUCUUGAUCAAAACUGCAGCUCAUAUCACAUCUUACAAGCAACUUUUAUUUUCGUAUUUUUUCCUCAGAGAUAAAGACCUGCUCACAUUGCUAUUAAAAUCAUACUUGAUUGGUUCCAAACUCACUUCCGUAUUUCCUGUCAUUGGAAUGUUGCUCACCCUAAAUGAUAAUUGUCAACAUGCAUGAAAAUCCAGCUAUAAAACUGACCACUGAAUUACCUGCCAUCACUUUUGACCAAAUACUCAUCUUGUGUCCUUUUGUCAUCCUUCCCACAUCUUGCACAAAUGAUUUUUUAUAGUCACUUUGUAGUAACUAGAUAUCAGCUACUGUUUUUUAAGCCUAAGAACAGAGGGUUUUAAAGAAAGCAUUUUCACAGGCACUCUGAAUUAAAUCAGCAUUAUUGUUCAUUAUAAUGCAAUAUAUAUUUUUCUGAAGCAACACUAUAGUUGUCAUAAAACUACCUUUAUUCAUCUUCUCUGAAGUGUUGUUGUAAAUUCACUGACCUUUAUGCAGGAAAAAAAAAUCUUAUAAAGGGUAUCAGGAUGUAGCUCAGUUCAUAACAAAUAGUGGACCAUUACGAAAGGGGAAAGGAAGAAGCUAGGGCUGCUCAGUGAGAAGCUUCAGUUCAAUUUCACCUCAUAUCUUUCUAAUAACUUACUUGUCACUUUAUUACCUUCCAGUAAUGUGAAUGCUGCUGACAAGACUGUCACACUAACAGCAGACAACACCCUCUCUGCCUCAGCCCCAGCGCUCCUGGCUGCUUAUUGCCCUGGCCCUGAAGGGACACAAACUAAUAGUGUGCUUUCCAGUUCAGCACUUGGCCAUCAAAUAGAAAAGGAUGCGUAAUUGCCUGUUUAUCCCUUGUGAAGGGGAAAGUGAGUACAAGGGCUAGGCUUUCCCACAGAGCUUCCUGAUGUGCACACACACUCCCCAUCAGCCUCUUUCUCUCCUCUUUUUCUCUGUCUCCUCCCUCCUUCCCCUUUUCAUCCUCCCAGCACAGAGUGCAUCUGCACACCUGCUGUAUGUUUGAGAAGCCCCAGUCUGCACUAGAUGCCCUCUCAAGCUGUUAACUGAACAGUAACAAGGUCCUUCUUCCAUAAAGGGUCAGUAGAGAGGUGCUCUCUGUGACAAAGUACCCUACUUGUUUGGAAACAAGUACUGCAAUUAAUGCCCAUCUAUUUUAGGAGCACUGGGUAUGGCUGUAAUUAGAGCAAAUUUUUCUUCGAGUCAGUAGCAAUAGUUGGAUUAGAUUGCUCCAUAUUCUUCUGUAAGGAAAAGAUUAAAAUAAUUUUCUUCCCCUUCAAAAACUACACGUGUUGUAAACAAACUGAUUAUGCACAGUGGUAAAAAAAAAAAAAAAAGAUGUUUUGGAAAUCUUUGGCAUCAAGCUGUUACUCUGAAUGUACACAUGUAUCUUUCAAUAGCAGAAAUCAAAUCCAUGUUUUAACAGGACUGAUUUAUAUUGUUAAACUAUACUGACAGUCUAAAAAGAAAAUAAGGUACUGGGCUUUUAGCUAUCUUUGUUACAAUAAGGACUACCCUAAUUUUAAAAGGAAACAUUUAUUAGAAAACUUUGGAUAAGUACUAAUACAGUGAGAGGCGGUUUUGCAAUACUGAAUGAUGGGAGACCAAAGGUACAAAGGAAGUAUAUGGGAAAACAUAUUCCAGAAUACCAAAAGCCAGAUAAUGUGCCCAUACUGCCUGUUACUUCUGUAUAUUGAGCUACAUAAACAAUGAGUGAAACCAUGGCUGAUGAGUGACUGAAGGAAAUACAAGAUCUAUUUGUGCACAUUGCUUAUAGAAGGGGACCCCAUGCUUCCAACCAUGUUGCAGCACUUUUGACAGAAGAUAGUUAACUCCUGUGAAGAUUCACAUUUCAAAUAAGAUGCUAGUCAACCGAAUAAGACCCAUGCAGAUGUCGCCUUUGCCAUGGACUUUUACAUGGAGAGAAGCGCAGAAUCAGGCAUAGACAGCGUAACAGACCUGUGCUGGCAAAGCUGUGUGAAGUCACUUCAUAAACCAGCGGGAGGUUGGGGAGAAACGCACUUUGAGCAAGGACUUUGGGUCAGAGAAAAAGCAGUUCAUUGACUUGAUGUUUUUUACGUUUCCAUAUUGAACGUGGAAUCUUAAUUAAAAACUCGGUUGCCAAAAUUGCACAAAUUCUGCUAGUUGAUAUUAGCUGUCUCCCCUUUCUCUAAUUAGCAGAAAUGCUUGAGAACAUUGUUAAUAUUUUUUCACAUUUUAUUUAGCUUGCUUUUAAAGAAUCUUCGAAGGACGGAAGGGCAGAAAAGGGUAUUUUUAAAAGAAAAAUGGAGAAAUGUAGAUAAUAUAAAAGUAUAUUUCUUGAAGAUAGAGAAUUUAAGUGCUAUACCAAGAUUUUAUAAGGCUUCCUGUUGCCAAAUGUGAUGUUGAGAUAAUGCACAGCUAAGAUGGCAAAUUAUCAAUUAUUAACUGGCUCUGCCCACUUCUGUUACGGAAUGCAAAGAUUGAGAGGUGACUCUGGGGAGAUCUUGGGUGUGUGAAAGAGCUCUAUUCAUCUGGCCUAGAAAUGUUUUCAAAAAGAAGGAGAAAACUCCAGCCCUCUUGGUAGUUCCCCAGCAAGGUGAACUGACCUGGCAUCAUUUCCGUGGGAGCUCACUGCCUGUCUUUCUCGUAGGAGACGAAGCAUCCUCCACCCCACCAUAGAGUCAGUGCUAUAGCUGUGAGCAGCACUGACUCAUGAGGUACAGUGCUCUUGAACUCCCAGGCAAUGUGCUGAAUUUAAUAGGUUCACUUGAGAUGCAUAAACCAAGGCUGACUGUUUUUUUUUUUUUAAUCUAGUACUCAAUUUGGAGCGUUUUUGCAUGACUUUGUACAGAGUAAGCCAUUCCUCUCAUUGUCUAUCUUAAUCUCCCCUGACUUUCCCAUUACAUUUCUCCCUCCUUCCCUCUGCUUGUCUGAUAUCACCCACUCUCCUCAAAAAUAAUAAGUAAAUAAAUAAUCUUUACUAAAGUAAGAAGGUAGAACACCCCCUCUUUCAACCUUAAUUUGAUUGCUUUGGAAAUGUGUGUUCUACCCUGUUUGGGGUUUACAUAACAUGAAUUAAAUUAAUGAGAUGUUUUAGUAUUAUAUAUUAAUCUGAUAUGACUAUCUAAGAUUUUUAAUAUGUGAUGCACUUGCUUUUCUGUGCAAACUUUGGUUCUGUAGUUCUGCAGAGAAUCUUACAUUUUCCUGUCAGUGCCAGUGUAAAAAAAAAAAGCAGAAGAGCUUGAUGUGAGUAUGUGGAGGUCACAGGCACAAGGGAGGUUGAGACACAGAAGACGUUGACCCGAGGCCACUUGGUCAGGCAGUGCACAGUCUACCGGACAGAUUAAGGGUGACAGACACUAGUGGGCAGUCCCUUAUGAGGUGAAUGUCCCUGUCCGCUGCUUCCCUCAUAUCCUGCCUGGCUCAUUCUAUGAAAUCCCUGCUUCUUUUCAUUCUCUCAAGGUAGGAGAGUGGCAGCCUGUGGCUCGGGAAAGUUCUCUGUUCUCUCAUGCUGAACCUAGAAUAGUCCUAUGAGAUGCAUCAAGAUGCCUCAUGUAGUUAGGAGAACACAGAGCUUUCUUACCUCAAACCCCCUGGUGUGUCUCCAAAAGCGUUUGACUCAACCUGCAUACUUGACAGUGAAAAUGGCCAAAGGGAAUUGAAAUAUCUUGAAGAAAAGGAAUUUUAAAAAAAAAAUCCAGAUGUCUUCUCUCUCACUGAGAAUUUAAGGGUUUAGUCUUUUUGUGUUUGUAUUGUUCUCACCAGCAUCAACCCGGUCUCUUCCAUUAAGCCUGCAGCAGAACCAAAGUCUGUACUAUCCAAAAAGUAACUGCACCAAGGGACAGGGGCAGCUUGGAUCACCCUGAUCUCAUUGUGAUGUCAGUAGCUUUGUAAAUGCUGUAUGUGCUUUAAGCAAGGUUUUUGUUUUUGUUUUGUUUUGCCUUUUGGUUUGUUUUUAUUAGUAGCCUAAGGUAAUUAUAUUUUUUAUUUGCUACUUUCUUUGUUGUACUUUCUGUACUAUAACUGUCUACAGUAUGUCUUUUGCAUAAAAUGCAUAAGGGUUUGGGAUGUAAAUGGAAUUUUAUUCAUAUUUUGUCCAAAUACCUCUUGUAAUUUGUAUCAAAAUUCUUGUACAAUUUUUAUAUUAAAGAUUUAUCAGUCACC